AUGCUGUCAGUCCGUCGUCAGCUUAUGAGUGGCCGCUCGUGGUUCUCGACCACCAGCGUAGCUCGCAAAGUAUACUCAGCUCAACAAGAUGUCAAAGGUACCAAUGCUUCUAUUGCCAUGGCAAAAGAUUAUCAUAUCAUCGACCACGAAUAUGACUGUGUAGUUGUUGGUGCUGGUGGUGCUGGUCUGAGAGCAGCAUUUGGUUUGGCCAAGGAGGGUUUUAAAACAGCCUGUAUUUCCAAGCUUUUCCCCACCAGAUCUCAUACAGUCGCUGCCCAAGGUGGUAUCAACGCUGCUUUAGGUAACAUGCACAAAGAUGACUGGCAUUGGCAUAUGUACGAUACAGUCAAGGGAUCCGACUGGUUGGGUGACCAAGAUGCCAUCCAUUACAUGACCCGUGAGGCUCCAGAUUCGAUCAUUGAAUUGGAACACUACGGUGUCCCUUUCUCUCGUACUGAGGAGGGAAGAAUCUACCAACGUGCUUUUGGUGGACAAUCCAAAGAGUACGGUAAGGGUGGUCAGGCCUACAGAACUUGCGCUGUCGCAGACAGAACCGGUCACGCUUUGUUGCACACCUUGUAUGGUCAGUCUCUUCGUCACAACACCCACUUCUUUAUUGAGUUCUUUGCCAUGGAUCUAUUGAUGCAUGACGGUAAGUGUGUGGGAUGCAUUGCCUACAACCAAGAGGAUGGUACUAUUCACCGUUUCAAAGCACACAAAACCAUUAUCGCUACUGGAGGUUACGGACGUGCCUACUUCUCUUGUACAUCUGCUCACACUUGUACUGGUGAUGGUUUCGGAAUGGUUUCUCGUGCAGGUCUGCCAUUGGAAGACUUGGAAUUCAUUCAAUUCCACCCAUCUGGUAUCUAUGGUUCUGGAUGUCUGAUCACCGAAGGUGCCCGUGGUGAGGGUGGUUUCUUGGUCAAUUCUGAGGGUGAACGUUUCAUGGAACGUUAUGCCCCUACUGCUAAGGAUUUGGCUUGUAGAGAUGUUGUUUCGCGUGCCAUUACCAUGGAAAUUAAUGAGGGACGUGGUGUUGGUCCAUUGAAGGACCACAUGUAUUUACAAUUGUCUCACUUGCCUGCCUCUGUGUUACACGAACGUUUGCCAGGUAUUUCUGAAACUGCUCACAUUUUUGCUGGUGUCGAUGUCACUAAGGAGCCUAUCCCAAUUCUGCCUACAGUUCAUUACAACAUGGGUGGUGUUCCAACUAAAUGGAGUGGUGAAGCUCUUACCCUGGAUGAAGAUGGAAAUGAUAAAGUUGUUGAAGGUCUACUCGCCUGUGGUGAGGCUGGAUGUGCCUCUGUGCAUGGUGCCAACAGAUUGGGUGCCAACUCCUUGCUGGAUUUGGUCGUAUUUGGCCGUGCUGUUGCCCAUACUAUUAGAGACUGUUUGACUCCAAACACUCCUCACAAAGAGCUGCCUGCAGACAUUGGUUUCGAAUCAAUUGCUAAUUUGGAUCGUGUAAGAACUGCUGAUGGUGAUAUCUCUACUGCUGAUCUGAGAUUGGAGAUGCAACGUACUAUGCAGAAGCAUAUCUCUGUUUUCAGAACUCAGGAUAUAAUGGACGAAGGUGUCAAGCAAAUCAAUGAAAUUGACAAGAAGUUUGCCAACAUCAAGACAACGGACAGAUCUAUGAUUUGGAACUCUGACUUAGUCGAGACUUUGGAGCUUCAGAAUCUUUUGACCUGUGCCACACAGACAGCUAAGUCUGCUUCUGUCCGUAAAGAAUCUCGUGGUGCUCAUGCCAGAGACGAUUUCCCAGAGAGAGACGAUGAGAACUGGAUGAAACACUCCCUGUCAUGGCAGCACAAGAGCGGUUCUCCUGUUGAGCUUAAUUACAGAAACGUUAUUACUGAGACUUUGGAUGAGGCUGAGUGUAAGCCAGUUCCCCCAACUGUCCGUGCCUACUAA